CACCCACGGUCGCCUCGGGCGGGGAUCGGCACCCUAAGCGCAAAGCUGACGUGCCCCCCCGUACCGCCCCCCCCAUCUCCCACCGCCCAGUCCCCCGGCAGCGAUGAGACAGAGCGGCGCCUCCCAGCCCCUGCUGAUCAACAUGUACCUGCCAGAUCCCGUCGGAGAUGGUCUUUUUAAGGAAGGGAAGAGCCCGAGCUGGGGGCCGCUGAGCCCCGCGGUACAGAAAGGCAGCGGGCAGAUCCAGCUGUGGCAAUUUCUACUGGAGCUGCUGGCAGACCGCGCAAACGCCGGCUGCAUCGCGUGGGAGGGCGGCCAUGGCGAGUUCAAGCUCACCGACCCCGACGAGGUGGCGCGGCGCUGGGGCGAGCGCAAGAGCAAGCCCAACAUGAACUACGACAAGCUCAGCCGCGCGCUGCGCUACUACUACGACAAAAACAUCAUGAGCAAGGUGCACGGCAAGCGCUACGCCUACCGCUUUGACUUCCAGGGCCUGGCGCAGGCUUGCCAGCCGCCGCCCGCGCACGCCCACGCCGCGGCCGCCGCCGCUGCAGCCGCCGCCGCCGCCCAGGACGGAGCACUCUACAAGCUCCCGGCCGGCCUGGCCCCGCUGCCCUUCCCCGGCCUCUCCAAACUCAACCUUAUGGCAGCCUCGGCCGGCGUCGCGCCCGCUGGCUUCUCCUACUGGCCCGGCCCCAACGCCACCGCCGCCGCAGCCACCGCAGCGCUCUACCCCACCCCGGGCUUGCAGCCCCCGCCCGGGCCCUUCGGCGCGGUGGCCGCCGCCUCGCACUUGGGGGGUCAUUAUCACUAGACGGGGCGGCCCGGGGGCGGCGGGGCCUCUCCCAGACGUCCAGUGGCCAAUCCCACCCUCAUCCUGGGACGACGUCCCUUUAUCACAGAUUUCAUUGCAGCGGUCGCGCCCAUCCCAGGGAAGAAAAGAUUGGAAGCUUCGGAGGUCUUCUUAGAACACUAGGCUUCCAGCCCCACAUUAAUUCCACCCCAAGAGAGGCGAAUGUGCCCCCACUUUAAUUUUUCUCUUUCAAGUCUCCAGAUUCUGGAACUCUCAUGGUGUCUUUUUCAAUUCUCACCUGCAUCCCUGGCUCCUUCUUUAUGAACCCUGUUUUUCUAGUUUCUUUCCUCGUUUUUUUUUUUUCUCUCUCUCCCACGACCUGCUCCAAACCCUAGUACCUCGAGGCUUCUCACACUCCUCCUUCCCGGGACCCGAGAAGGCUUGAUAAACAUCUCUGUCGUCCCCCACCCCCCACCCCAACACUCUGACUUCCCUCUCUCCCAUCCCUACACUCUGGCUCAAGGACCCAGCGUGUACCUAACCCUUUCAGCCCCAUUAAAGCUCCCAAGCUC